UAGAUAUUUUUUCCACUAUUCAAUCCACCAUAAUUUUGUGUUAGAAUAUCAAUCUAUUGAUUUCUCCUCUUAACUGUGGUCAGUCUCAACGUAUUUUCCAUCGUCAUAGUGAAAAAGUUCGGUGUUCGAAACGUUUAGAUUGCAGUGCUCUACAUUACUCUUGCCAAUGAUUAGACAUUUUCUAAUUCAAAAUUUAAUCAUUAAGUGCUACGAAAAAAGAAUACGAAUCUAAUGAACAACUUAGGUGUAUACUAUCUUAGCAAAUAUCUGAAUUAUUUUGCUAGGUACAUACAUAUAAACUUGCCUAAGGAAAAAGUAAAUCGAUAAAAAAAUAAUAGUUAGGUCAGUUAAGUGGUUUCAUUGAAACAAAAACAUUCGGCUCUAUGUUUCUUCAGCAAUAAAUUCAAAAUAAAAUAUUAAAAUUUCAGAAUUUUGUCUUUCUUCUCUAAGGCAACAUUUGAUUCGCUUCUUUUUUAUAAAAUAAAUUCUCGUUAAUCAAGGGAAAAAAGUUAACACCCUUAAGGUUCUACGUAUAUAUACCUAUAACGAACGCAUUUUUCAAACAUAAAUUAAAUUAUUUUAAAUAAAUAAAAGGAAGCUAACUUUACUAAAUUGUAAAAAUCUUUAACUGUUACAACGAUUUAUUAGUGGUUAUCGAGGAACUGAAAAUAAAAUAAAUUCCUUAUGAUUGGAUCAUUUUGGAAUUUGUGUAGAGCGUGUCCAUCAAUGCCUGUCGACAAGCAGCUCCAUUCCGAGUAUAGGAGCACUUAUCGUUGGCAUGAAUUCACUGGCAACUCACGACCAGAGGUAGUGCGCAGAGCUCCCGUUCCGAAUCAAUUUGAUUCUUGUCUGCCCAUAGGUCCAACCAAUGAGCCACCAUUGCCAAGAAGAAAGAAGUGUCCUGAGUUAGCGUACAAGUCGCAUGAAUUCAUUAAAGGAUCUGAGCAAACAUCAGACUCACGUAACAAUGUCAUUGCUAACCGCGCAAGGUCUGAAUGGCGAGGAACUUCCUCACGAAGGAGUAAAUCUGAGGGUCCUCCAGCUGCUCCAAAUGGCAGGGCUUAUCCGAUUGCCUCCGAGACCGAUGGACCGGGUGUUGGGAAUCCUUCUGCACAGCCGGGUGAGUCUAGUGGACUUUUCAAAAAGACAAUCUCAAAAUUGAGCACUGAAUAUCGUCUGCAAUUCGUUUGGCCAAAUGUCCAAAAAUCAAUUAAAGGACAGUCAAACGAUGCUGUGGAAGUUCCAAAGUCUCAAUCAAUGGGUGCAAUUAAAUCAUCACAAACGACUUCAAUGCCAAAGGUUCAUAAAAAUCGAACAACAAAUCAAAAAGAAGCUACAGUACAUGAAUUGGAGCCGCUGGUUACUGAUGCAGAAGAUAAAAAGCCUUCUGAAAAGUAUGGUCAAACUAACAUUGUGGAAAAGAAAUCAGUUCGUCCAUUUUCACAACCAUUUAAUCAAGAUCGAAAUAACCACUUUUUAACAAAAAAGGAAAACUUUGGAUUUGAGUAUCAGAAAAAUGAAAAGCUUUUAGUUGACGAAGAUGAUAAUAAGCAAGCUUUGGUUAAUGGCCAUGCUAGGCCAGAUGAAUGGUACAAAGAAGUUGUUGAGCUUAGAAAAAAAGCUGGGGAGUACAAGUGCCGAGGGUGGGGAACAGAAAUUGAUCCAACGCUUCUUAAGAUGCAAAAAGAACUCUGGGAUCAAGUUUCAAAACGAAGUUCAUUAUCAGCCUUAUCAUUAGCUUCUUCCAUUCAUAGGCCAAUUACAAAAGCAGAAAAAGAAAAAGAAAAUAAAAAGAAAUUCACUCCAAUAAAAUCAACGUAUAAGCCUAGGGUUCCUGGUCCGGCUUAUUUGAUGGAAAACAAAGAUGAAUCAUCACUGCCAGCACGUUACAGUAUUAUUCGUCAUCAUUUAGAAAGAACAACUGGUUCAGAUAUUGAAGAAGGUGCUCUUUUGCCUUCUCCAACCAGAGAAAAGCUAAUGCCAGCUAUUCCAAAAUCGAGAGAAUCAGAAUCACAAAGAGGCAGUCCAAAGAAGAGUGCUGCUUCGAGACAUGAAAGUCCCCAAAAAGGUAGUCCACAAAAAGGAAGUCCAAGUAAAACAAUUAAAUCCCGUUCUCAAUCCGUUGGUCCACGUGUUAUCGAAAAUGUAUCGCCAAAACGGCAAAUUCGGUCUUCUAGCACAGCUCCAGCGCAUAACACAACAGGAAAGAAAACUCCUGUUUCAACACCGAAUACGGCAAUGGUGACCGAAAGAAAACUUAGACCACAUGAUGGAGAAUUGACAUCAAAGGAUACUGGUAUUUUAAUUUCAAGCCUUAGUCCUCAACCAGCUCCUGAAAUAAAUGAUGAGCCCAUUGUUAAAUCACCCCCAGAACCUACAAGGGUUAAAUCUCCGGAGCAAAUCAUAAUGCGAUCUCCGGACCCCGUCAACUGGACUGUUCCAUUAGAUACUGGAAAGACAUUUACUGUUACACAAAAUGUUAAGGAAGGAGAGAAUUAUAGUCGACCCCAAAGUGAAAUAAAAGCUUCGACACCAGUGGAAAAACCUCCACCAGCUCCACAAUCUGCUCCUCCAGAAUUAACUGAGCAGGCCAGAAUGGAUAAUUGGAAAGGAGUCGAUUUUAUUGAUCCAAAAUCAUCAGGUAGUCCAACUGGGGAACAUGAAACGAACAUUUUAAGCGAUGGUACUACCGGUGGAAACCUUCGCUUCGAUAAGCCAAUACCAGAAUCAUCACUUCGUUGUUUAGAUGAUCCAACUUUAGAAUCAGAUACAUCAGCGAUAACAGUUCGCAGUAAUGCAACAGAUGUUUUGGAAAAAGCUCGUGAUCGCUUUGACCGCUUCUGGGGAGGCAGCAAAGAAGACAGCGUCUAAAGCUUUUUAUAUCUACCCAUAUAUAAUUUAAUUAGAUAAAUAUGAUCAACGAGUAAACUGAGUUUACUCUUACUACAGAGUAGUAUAUUAUUAAACCGAAACAAAUGAGAUGAUCUUAAAUUAAAAAAAAUACUAAAUCAAAGCAAUCAAGAGAAAAUAAUUUUUUGAAUUUUGUUAAAAACAAAAAAAAUUAACAACUACAACUUUAAUAUGAGUCUUAACAAUUUGUUUUCAUUUGAUUCAAAAUAUUUUAAAAAUCAGCUACUAUACGAAAGAAAUAUUAAUUGUUUUUAAUGACAAAAUGUUAUUUAGUUGAGUUUCACUAGAAUCGAAAAUCAAGUAGUCAGUUAUGGAAUUUGGAAAAAAUCGUUUUAAAUCGAAAUCUCACUGUCAUACUCGCUUCAAUUUAAAAUCAUGAACUUAAGAUCUAAAGUCCAAUCUGCUUUUAAACAUUAACUUCAAAUUCCAACGAGUACUUUAUUUUUGACCCUGAAAAUUUGUAAUGACGUCUUCAUGAAAACAAAAUAAUCAUACAAAACAACCCGUCCAAACAACAUAAAGAAAAAAGGAGUCAAAAUUUAAACAUCAUCAAAUAAUACAAUAAUACCUUACGAUCAUUUUUAAGGUUGUAGAAAUUUCAUAAAUGUGUUUUCUUUUGCCGAAAUCAACAUUUUUGUUAAAAAUAAGACUUCCAGAGAAUGUCUUCUCUCUAUUGGCUCUAAUGAUUUUAAUCGAGAAUUUAUAAAAAAAAAGGUACUCAAUAUACAUAUUUGUAUGUUAAGUGGUCAUCUUCAACAGCAAUGGCUUUUGUUUUAAAACUUUUUGAUGAUACCUAGGUACAUCAUUUUUUUUAAAUGACUUAAGAAAAUUUAAACAAAUAAAUGAAACCUUCGUAUAUCAAACUCAACA